AAUGCAGCAACUUUUGAAGAUAUUGAGAAACCAGCAUCAACUUAUCAGAAGACGAAGCCAGUAGAAGCUGUUGCUAAUAAAACAAAGAGCAUCCGAGCUAACUUUGAAAACCUCGCCAAGGAAAAAGAGCAGGAAGACCGAAGGAAGGCAGAAGCUGAGAGAGCACAAAGAAUGGCCAGGGAGAAGGAAGAACAGGAAGAGGCUCGAAGGAAACUGGAGGAACAAGCUAAAGCCAAAAAACAAACCCCACCGCCAUCUCCUACCACGCAACCGGCUGAGCAGAAGGCACCCUCGAGCCCAGUCUAUGAGGACGCGGUUUCCUACGAAGCGCAGUCAGCCUACAAGAGUUCCAGCACAACGUAUUCAGCUGUGCGCGAGCCAGAGUCCGGCUACAAAGCUGCAGAGUCGGACUACCAAGAAGCAGCGAGUCAGCGAGAGGCAGAAUAUGAACCGGAGACUGUCUAUGAAGUGGCAGGAGCAGGAGACCAUUACCAAGCAGAAGAAAAUGCUUAUGAUGAAUACGAAAAUGAACUUGGAAUUACAGCCAUAGCCCUUUAUGAUUAUCAAGCUGCGGGUGACGACGAGAUUUCCUUUGACCCAGAUGACAUCAUCACAAACAUAGAAAUGAUCGAUGACGGCUGGUGGAGGGGUGUCUGCAAAGGCCGAUACGGGUUGUUCCCCGCCAAUUAUGUGGAGCUGAGACAAUAAAGACUAUUGUCUACUGGUUAUGCCUUAAUUCCCCAGUCAAUAAAUCUGACUUAAUACACUACAAAUCAUGAUGCUUUUCUGAGGACGGAGGGGUAAUUACAUAUUGCUUUUAUAUUUAAUACUUUGCUGAUGCUUUUUAAAAUGUUUAUGCCACAGAAAUCGCUAAUAUAUUGUAAGUACUGUGUUCUUCACGAAGGCUCUUCCAAUGAUUUUCAUGCAUUUGGAAACAUUUCUUCUCUGCCAAAUUAGCAAUUGUCAUAAAAAGCCUUUUUGAGGACAAUUAGCUGUCUGUUGUAAUACUGCAUGUUUUACUCAUAAGUGAGCAGAUUUACUUAGUGUUUAAGUCUAGAUAGUCUUCCACUAAAUGUUUUCAGCUAAUAAAAUCAUGGCUAUGCAGGUUAUUUGCAUUUCCACUAAGCGGGAGUGGGCAGGACUGGGGAGG